AUGGCGGACAAGGGCUGCUCAGUACAACACCGUAACGGUCGGUCACCUUACGACAAUCAGACCGAUGAGAGCACCACGGGCAAGAGCUCUGUCACGUUGGCUGCCGUCCGACCGACUCACCAGCGCACUAUCACUCCUAAGGGCACGCUCUUUACUAAUCUUGGAGAGGCCCAUCAAGCCAUCACUGCCAAGGCAGCUUCACGGUCUGCCGGCAUUACUUCCCCGGAGACUGCUAUAGACCCCUUUGAGACGGCAUCCACCAUCUCGACUCAAUCGGAGUCGACCAUCAGCACGGGUGUCACUCGCAAACUUCCCGUCCCCAAGGGCCCGCGUCCGAUGCAGCAGCGUGUGCCUACUCCCUUUCAUAGUCCCUCUCUUACCCAAACUGCUAUCGAAAAACUGCCCCCUGUUCCGGCUAUAGCUACAGUUCAUGACUUUCGGUCAACUGGCAACAAUGACUUGGUCAAAGACAAGCCAAGUCAUGAAACUGAGACUUCAGCUGUAGUAUCAUCCAGUGAUAGUGACAGCACUGUUGGGAAGAUCUAUUCCCAGUACCUUCCUUCCAGCUCGGUUGAGCCUUCAUCAUCCAUUGGCGGUGCAGAGAAGUCAUUCAUGGAGUUGAAGACUGCUCCGGAGGUCAUCCAGUCGUCCACAGUUGCUCAAGAGAAGUCUGAGCCUGCUGCAAAGGAGAAAGCAGCUCCGGUCACUCAGACUCCGCAAACUAAGCGCAGAAAUAUCCCCAGUACCGUGCGUUCCUCGAAGACUCAGCAGAAAAUAUGGUCACCUCCUGGAGAACCACCCAAGAUUCCUCUUCCCGAAAUCCCGACUAAGCGCAAGAGUGCAAGGAACCCUAGCACUGGAGCUAACACUCGAAUCAGUCAGGCCUCAGCACACCAGUUAGCUACUCCAAGCUCCAAGUCCGAAGGGGUACUCAAAGCACUUGCUAGAGAAUCCAAGAGCAGCAAGCUUGUUGCAUCCCUGACCUAUUCUGACUCCUUUACCUCCAGCCCAAAGCCUCACAUCCAGCAGUCCACUACUUCACGGCUUGUGCCUAACAUGAAAGACAAUGACAAACGGCAAUCUGCUGCCGUGAAUAAGACAAUGUCAUCCACCAAGGUGCCUGAGGGCUCCCUGCACUCUGAGUCUAACACGCUAGCCAAUGACAAACACAAGUCGUCCGCUGUUGCCGACAACAAGGAUUCGAAGCAAGAGACUCAAGGUCAUCUCUGCAUUGAUCCGAGCAAUCUUUCCACCCUAAACCAUCUCAUCCCUCCUGACCUCUCGACUGCUGCUAUAUCCACAGAUUCUGAGGAAGACCCUUUCAAAUAUGACAACAUCAAGCUCACCCGUAACCGUGAGCGUGAAGUAAGCAUGGCUCUCCGAUGCCUGAGUGGCAUGAGCACAGCAUCUAUCAACUGCAACUUCGGGUCAUCUUCACCUUUUGUCAACCUGCAGUCUUCCUCUCCAUUUGCCGACGUCCAGACGUCGUCACCUCUCACACCACUCACUCCUCCUUGUGCGGCCAACGAGCAACCCCAGACAGCCAACCAAAAGGACCAUAGCAUCAACCCCUUCACGGCAAAACUUCAGUACUACAAGGCCCCUGAAGUGCGCUACAACUGGGAUGAAUUUGGUGAGCCGAACGAGGUCGAAGUGAAAGUUACUAUUCGCCCUCCUCCAACCCCAUGCGUGGAGGAGGAUCUUAAGGAUAGCAAUAAGCUACCCCCGCCUCCUCCCAACACACCUGUACUGGUGCCUGACCCUCAGAGCUCGAUGUCGCAAUCUAAGCUCACCCGCGAGUCCCGCACUGCCCGGCAUCAAACAAUCUUCAGCGAUGGUGCCGACUGGGAGACAGUUCCUGAUAGCAUUGGCCAAUUCGACAGCAACCGCGCAAUCGCGUCGUCGAGCUACCUGACCGAAAGCCAGAUUGGGAAGCCCACAGGGAGUAGCAUUGCUGACUACUCUGACGACGACAGCGACGUUCAGACCGCCCGCGAGGGUAUCUACUCGUCCACAGACCGCAUCCUACCCCAGCCCCCGCCGAGUGUCCGGACUCAUCCCCGUUACCCUCGUCUCAGCGAGACAGAGCGGCCAAUCUUUGUGCCCAAGCCGCGAAUUCACAAGGUCAACGGCUACUUGAACCCCGCACGCCUUUUCACUGAUCCCACAACCACUGCGAGCAGCGCGAAUACCACGCGCAGCAACUUCGUCGACAAAAUCAGCAACUCCAUUCGCUCUUGUGGCUUCGGCAAGCGCGACGAGUCUCGCCAUCCAUACCAGAAUCUCGAAGGCUCAGGCGACCUUGGUUCGCUCAACUCGUUCUUUUCUUGUGAAAUGGAGCCCCUCAAGGCCAAGUCGCAAACUGGCAACGGUGAUGCCGCUCAUACCAGUGGUAAACCCCUCGUUAGUCAGGCGGAGAUCAACCUGGGCUACAAAGAAAAGGUUGAUAAGUGGAAGCUGGAGACUCCCUCCCUUGGUCUUUCCACCACUACCGGUAACAAAGUCGGAUUUGCUUCCACGGAGCAUCGUAAGUCUGUUGAUGCUCGAUCGCCUACCCAAUUUGCCUUCCCGCUCAUUAGUUUGGAAGAAGCUGCGCGCCGAGAGGCCAUAAAGCGCUCUACCGAGAAUAGUGCUCUGAAGUCGACUACCGAGUCUAAGAUGAAUACUGCUACCGCCAACCCAAACGACAUCCAGAAGUCGGUCGCUACCAUCUCGAGGCCCCAGCCAGUCCAUAAGCGCGCGCUGAUCGGCAACAGCGCGAUGGCUGUCGGCAACAUGUACAUUAACGACUCGCAGGAAGCUCUUCUCCGUCCUGCGAAUGGCAGCGCAGAUGCGGCCAUCACCAAUCGCAAGAAACCGACCGUUCCGGCUCGCCUGAUCCCUUCCUACUCGACUCGAAGCGUUCUCGAGACAGUCUGCCCGUCUCUCACCGGCCGCGCAAGCCCUCAUGCUCGCUACGCAUUCCCUGAGGCUCCGCGUCUGGUGGCGCGUGAGGAGCGUAACCGCUACCGCGACAUGAACAUGACCACCGACCAGCCCGAGAUUGCCGCACUCGAGGGUCGCGACUAUGCCAGUGACAUCUACCUGUCUUGGGACGCACGUCGCCGUCGUCGUAACUACUUCUACGUCCUUUGCUUCCUGUCUGUCCUGCCCUUCAUGUUCCCUCUGGUCUACAAGGGCAUCAUGGAUGCCCCGCUCGGCUGGGUCACCUUGGGUGAGACUGGCUCCUUUAGUCGUCGGCAGCGCCGCAUCCUCACUUGGAUCGGUCUGAGCUCUUCUGCCAUCUGGCUCAUCGUCCUCUCGUCGGUCAUUGGCUGGGGUUUGGCUCACGCUACUAACUGGUAA